AUGGCACUGCGUGAAGGCAGAAGUCGAUGUGACCUAAAAAGACCGAUUCCCCGGAUCCGAGAGGGGAUGCCAUCUCAACCUAGGGGUCCGUUCAUCAAAUGUGCUGGAGACAAACCGUUCGAAAACGCAGCUCGUCACAUCCACAAAUGUUGGUACAGGCGGGGUUGGAUACGCAUUGCUAGUCCACAUGGCCACAACCAUCGACGGAGGGGAUCAAUGGCACGCCCUGGCGAGAUGGAUAAUCGAAAGUGUUAUUGUGAGGCACUAGGGAGGAAAAGGUGCAUUGUAUACGUACCAAGAAAACUCAAGUUAGCCGAGAAUACUAUCUCAAAAGAUCGCUGGAGAUUCAACAAGCAGACCCCGGCCAAAUUGAGUCUUGACAACCUAAGGCCACCUCCGAGUCUGCCAUGGGAAAUGUCGGGUAGGCUGAACCUGAACGGGACGCAAGCUAUCGUCGCCAAACUCAGGCAACGACUAGACGACAUCGAACAGAACUUGAGAGUCAGAACCAUGCCGAUUUCUGCUAAAUACAGUGAUCCAGUGAGUCAGAAUGCUCGAAAGCUAUCGUGCGUGUCCAUUGUCAUUGAAAGCCUUUCCAGAAGAGAAGAGGAUCUUGAGGCGAUUGCUGGCGGCCACGAUUUCGGGGACAUAUCAAUCAAGAAGGCCACACAGCCUCGAAGAGAUCGACGGGUGUCACUAGAAGUCCGCUUCAACUCUUCAUUGAACCCACUGAUGGCCUCAAUUACAAAUCAAUCUGGCAUACAACCCCAAGACUGUCCACCAUCUCCUUGUCAAGGCCUAUCAGAUGGUCGAGGAGGCGAGGGGUUGGGAACUCUUGACCCAGGCAGCCCUCGAUACAUACACUACCGUCUAUACACAAAAGAUGGUCCAAUCACAUCGAACAACCCGGUCUACACGAACAACCCAUUCAUCGGCCGUACAUUGCCAAAACACAUUACGCCCCCACGUACAGCCUUGUCUUUGAAAAAGCAUCUCUGCAAAAUCGAAGGCUUGCCAUCACCGACAAGUUUUGAAUUGUUCGAAUCGCUUUCCAGUCAUACUGCGGUUUUGGACUCGUCUCGAUUGGCACUCAAAGAAUAUUCCGGCUGUGGGUUUUCUGAGGAUGAUCCGAUUGCUCUUGUGGUUGGGCUGGAAGCCGCUACAAAACGACCGGCGAGCACAGCACAAUUGGAGGGUCUACCUAAGGCUGUACCCGCCCAACCCCGGUAUGUCCACUAUCGUCUUUACGACGAAGAUGGUGAGGUGGCUUCGAAAACGUCCUUUGAUUCGGACGACUCUUCUUUGGGCCGCAUCGACGUGUCGUCCAUUCCUCCGCCACGGAUGGUUUCUUUGUUAGGGUCCAUGGUCAUGAAAGCCGAGGGCCUCUUUGAUCGGAAAGUCCAGCUGUUCGAAGACAUGGACGGUGAGCUGUUGAUGAACGACGAUGAUCACAUAUCCUUUCAAACAGAGGCUUACCCGGGACACGUUGAGGAUGAACCCAUUGCGAUUACCUUUGGUCAGAACACAAUUUUCACGAAAGAGAUCAAAGGGAUGAUAAAGUGGGUUCCACAUAAGGUCGUUCAGCCAGAUUGGCUUCCUUUUUUGAAAGAUGAGAUCAUGUACACGGAUGGUGUCAAGACGCAUGGAUUUAUCGUCGGGUCACCGCAUCUCUAUAACGGAUACAUUGCCAUGAACUCCGCUGGAGAGAAGGGUUUUGUUCAUGAUGGUCAUACCAUUCUCUGUUAAAUAACACACUUGAAACUUGACAUUUCGCCGGUAUGCACCGGACGUGGCUCGCGUUAACGUCGGUGUAGCACUUGUGCAUCUAAUGUCGUUCAGUUGUCAAUUAAUUCUCUG